GCCAGUGAAAUGGAAAAAUCGCUGCAAAUUGCAGUAUUGUCGCACCAAAGUUGCAGUCAAAAUCCCAGAGUGUGUACAUUAGAGAUUUCAAAAAAUCGUUGUAGAAAUCGCAGUGAAAAUUGCAAGUGUAAACAGGCCUUUGUGUGAAGUAAUGUUCACUAAAGCAUAAGCAAGAAUAUAUCAAGUGGAAUCUGUUGAAUUAAUCGCUGUUUUUAUAGUGCGCGUACAAAUACAAACGACAAAUACUAUCGGAUUUCAUAUUAAGUCUAAUACUACUAUAUUUCACUAUAUUUUAGAUAGUAUUUUAAUACGUUUCGCAGUUUUAUAGGCUACGCUUCAAAUUUUGUAUUUGUAUAUUUCGUAUAUGCGAAUAUGCGAUAACACAUCUUUGAUUUGCAAUCACUACAAAUAGUAUUUUAGAACGUUCAUGGCGUGUGCUUCUUAAAGGCAGCAUUUACUACAUUUUAGGUAACCUAGUAUAUUUUGUUAAUAUUCAAUUUCCCUUGUCAGUAUGCAGGGCACGAAAUGGGAACUGUUAUUACAUCCAGUACGUGCUGGGCUAUUCAUAGUCCAUUAUGCAGGGGGUUUUAGCCGGUUUUAACACCCCCUCCACUUUUCAGUGUUCAAACCAGUUGGUAAAUUAGUCAAUUGAUAGAAUGCUCUCGGUAAACUCUGAACUAUGGUCGGUAAAUUUGUUAAGUUACAUGAAUAUUGAAUAUACAGUAGUGAUAUCGACCAGCUCCAUGACUGACUUUGAGGAAUCUUUUCACAACGUCAUAUGCAGUCGGACAAUUGAUUGCAACUAUAGUGUACAGGUACAUAAAAUCAGGAAUCUAUUCUAUGACGUUUCAUCAUCAUAUUGGCAGAAGUAUGUUUGAUAGAUCAGUCGUGAAUUAUUUUUCUUUUUCUGCAAGGGCUUGUCGUUUUGAAAACGUUGAUCAGGAGGAUGCUUAUGUAAUUCGUCCAUUUCCUUCAAUGUGGAAAUGUGGUGUAGUGGUUCCAGAUGGUUUUGAUCCAAUGGCUUUCGACACAAAGCGUUUGCAAAGCCUGUGUAGAUCUUUAGAUAUCCUAAUUCACAUGAAAGAAGGUAUAAAGGAAUUUGGACUUGAAUGUGGUAAGGAUCUGUAAUAUACGACAUACUGUAUGGUAUUAUACAUACUGUACAUAUGCCUAAAUGUAUGGCGAGGGUGGAACCGAAGAGAAAAGGGUUGGGUAAACAAAAUUUUGAGUGAGUAAAAAGGUUGGGUAAAUGAAAAACAAAACAACUCAGGGGGUGGGUAAUAAAAAUGUAUUGACAUUUCCAGAGUAUGGCUUACUCAAAUGUCGAAGACUAAAAAGCAAUGUCGAAAGUCAUAUGUCAAUACAAUAUGUAAAUCACUAGUCGAGUCACUAUCGUGAUCACUUUCCGACUUGUCAAGAGGCAAAUGGUGUCUCCAAAAAAGUACAUGUGCAGACAACAUGAAACUUUAGACUGCAGAAAAUUUUUUCACAAGCAGUUAUCAAACUCAUGUCAAAGAAGUGGUAAAGGACAUGUGACAACUGAACGGUAUCCUUUUGUAAAGUUUUUGGCCAGGGUAUUUAUACUUAAUUGAUAUUUAAGGUUGGGCAAAAAAAAUAUAUUUUGACUUUUUAAUGGUUGGAUCAGCAAAAUUUAUAUCAAGUAAAGCAUUCUCCCCCCCCCCCCCCGCCAUAAAUAAUUACUGGUCCCUAACUAAUCCGCAUUUUUUUUGUGUUCAGGCAACGAGUGCUCUGGGAACGGGAGCUAUGCUUUAUCCACAGUCGUCAUGCCAUGGGAGGGUGACGAAAUCAUACCAGACAAGUUGACCGUCUUCAACAAGAUAUUUCAAUUUCACCAGGAAAUAUGGGAGGACCAAUUGGAUGUUUUAAACGAGCGUUUUGAUGAUAAAGUACCUUUUCAUUUGGUAGAUCAUGUUCGUGAAGAAAAUAAAAGAAAAUCACCAUGUUUGAACAGCGUUUUUGGCCGUCCUAGUGCAUAUUACUGGAGUGACUGGGCAGAAAACGAAUAUGACUACGAAAGAGAACUGGCAUUCUUUACAUGGCUUCAGAACAUUAUGGUCCCGAGUAGAGUUUAUAGUGCCGGAUAUGGUAAGAUGAGUCCCGCGCCGUUAUUUUUUAUAACGACACUCGCUCCGGGCUGGGUUGGAGGAAUACUGUCAUGCGAAUUUGCGGAUUAGUUGAAAAUUAUAUAACUACUGAUAAAAUUUUCUAAACAAUUAGAAUUGAUAGAUCUAGAGCUGUAAGGAAUCCUACACAGAACAAAUCUGAUUGUAUAAAAUGCGUAUGUCGUGGUGGCAUCAUUGGCAUGCAUUGUACGAAAUCAUAUAUGGCUUGCUAUGUUGCUAACUUUAACUUGAGUUUUAUUUAAUAGUCAUUAUUUAAUAUGACAAUUACGUUAUAUGGUGUGAUUCCAUGCUCCUGAACGUUGUAUGGUACCAGACUUUUAUAAGUUUUUCGAAAUAACUGGUGGGGAGGCGGCCGCCCCCUUAUCCCAUGUGCGUGGAUGACGCUUUCCUGUGCAGAAAACCAUUUUGCAGAAACCUGUGCAGAAAACUUGGUGGAAGUAAAGUGAAAGUCAAGUCCGUUCUGCGUAUCGGUUCUGCUCAUAACAAUAUGAGGACCUCUAAUGUGAACAUUGCCCAAAUUUCGAAUGCUUCGAAUUUUACUGAACAUAAACUCUAUUUCAUAUUCAUUUAGAAGCAUAGCGAACCAAAAUGGUGUUAGAUAUUCAGACAGUGCAUCAUAUUUUAAAAAAUACAGCAGUUCAAAAUGUAAACAAACCGUUUACAUUAUGGACUUGACUUCCACUUUAAGGUUUGGAUCGGUUUAUCUUACAAAAAUUCAACUUUAAUUUAAAGUAACUAAAUAGCCGACAGUUUACUAAACACCCAGCUGCCGGCUGUCUAGUCACUUUGUGUUGCUUUAUAACUCAAUGAUUUUGUUAUUUCACUGAUGAAUAAAAGUAAUGUUGACCGUGAUAUGCUCUCGUCCAAUGAGAUGCAAGGAAACAUGAACUUUGACAUUUGGUAUAUAAUGAAAUAAAUUGUGACAAACGUUUAUUGUCUUACAGUCACUACAGUGUAAUAGACCUU